AUGGAGGUUGCCACUCCAGGCGUCACUAAUGGCCUGGCAGCGUCAGCUCAGGGGCCAUCAGUCGAUCCCAAAGUGGUCGUCCAGUAUCUCACAGAAGUUCUCCAGGUGACACUGGGAGCUACGAAAGAAGAUUUGGAAGGCCAAGGCAGCUUGCUUUCCAAAGCAAAGUACUCGGAAACCGUGCAGAGAUGCACGCGAUUCGCUUCGGAAUCCCAGGUCGCACUCUACGUCCAACAAGAUAUUGUCGGCACUGAGGAACCAAAUGGGACAGAGAAUGAAAAUGGAGCAGAGGAUAGGUUUACAUACACUCUCGCUUCCGAAAUUUCUUCGUUUUCUUCUACAACCGUCGCGUCGGUAGCCUUUGUCAAGCGACCCGGACCGAUUGACCCUAACCAGCACAUCGCCACUCAGAUUCAGGUGACGAAUUUCCCUGGUUUAUCUUCGCUCGGUAAUGCACAGGCUCAGCAGGGCGCGUCCAUCUCUGCAUUCGAAAUCCUACACUCCUUAGUACAUAAUACCCUCGCUCCUUAUUUCGAAGCAUACACACGUGGCCAGGAAGCUGCCAACGGCAUCAAACAACGACCGGAAACAGAAGCGAAAACUGGAGUUCCGGGUGCUAAGAAGCGCAUUGCAGAAUUGGACCUCGCGCUUUUACAUCUUCAGCAGAAUGUCGAAAUCCCCACCCUGAAUCUCCCACUCCACGAGAUCGUCCAAGCCGCUUUGGACGACGCAGAGGCACGCGGCGUCAAGCCCUCAGUUGAAUUAGUUCCAGCCGCUGCUCUGGAGAACAGUACGGUGCUCAACAGCAUUCAGAAUAAUGUCAACGGCUGGAUCAAGUCCAUUCAAGCGAUUACAAAAAUGUCUCGUGACGCAGACAGCGGCUCUGCCAAUCAAGAAAUCAACUUUUGGUUAUCUAUGGAGACUGCCUUGGAGGGAAUUGAAAAACAACUUCGAGGCGAUGGAGUUCAGCUCACGAUGGAAAUUCUUCGACACGCCAAGCGGUACCAAGCUACCCUCAGUUUCGUCGCCGAUACAGGACUUCGAGAAGCGAUGGAUACGGUUCAGAAAUAUAACCAACUGAUGCGAGAUUUCCCCCUCGAUGAGCUCCUGUCGGCAACAACGCUUCAGAAAGUUCAAGAGUCUCUUGGCCUGAUAUUUAACCAUCUGAACAGGAAACUCAAGAUUUCUCCAUACCCUAUCAAGAGAGCGUUGGCACUUGUGGAGGCUAUCUCUGGAGAUUUGGACUCCCAGAUUCAUGCUUUGUUGCAUGGUAGAACUAUCAUGCACCUCGACUACCGCGAAUUUCGCUCGCUGAUGAAAACCUGCAGUGCAAUUUGGCGAACGUGGGAUGAAAAUGUGAAAGAAUUCACCAACGUUGGGCGUGAUGCUUCUCGCCGACGAAAUGAGAAAUUCAUUCCAAUCAAGAUCGUUCCCCGACACACCAAGACUCAAGAACGGCUAAAGUAUAUUAAUACGUUCCGCGUCAACCACGAGCAGCUGCAGAGAACCAUUGUGAAUGUUCUGGGCCCGAAAUCUGCCGUCAACGCGAACGGCGUAGAUGGAGCCGUUAUCGUUGAAGAGAUUGGCGAUGUAGAUGCUGUGGAAGAAGUCACCCAAGCAUACGCCGCGCUCAAAGAUGUCGAUGUUCUUGAUGUCUCCGAAGGGGGCACACAGCUCUGGAUUCAGGCCGAGAUCUCUUAUAACGAGCGAACGUCACGCGUGGAGAACUCCAUAAUUGCUCGUUUACGAGACCGCCUUGCGACGGCUAAGAAUGCCAAUGAGAUGUUCCGCGUCUUUUCGAAAUUCAACGCCCUCCUUGUGCGCCCCAAAAUCCGCGGCGCCAUCGGUGAAUACCAGACCACACUCAUCGACAACGUUAAACACGACAUAUCAGCUCUUCAUGAACGAUUCAAGCAACAAUAUGGCCAUUCAGAGGCGCAUGCCAUGGCCCAACUUCGCGAUUUACCCCCUGUUUCUGGUGCUAUUGUUUGGGCUCGCCAAAUUGAACGACAACUCGAUGGAUAUAUGAGAAAGGUUGAGGAUGUCCUUGGUGAAGACUGGCAUUUACACUCCGAAGGACAAAAACUCCAGGCCGAAAGCAACCUUUUCCGGAAGAAAUUGGACACUCGACCUGUAUUCGAGUCUUGGCUCCACGACGUCCAGCGGAGACAUAUUACCAUUUCGGGGCGGCUAUUUAAUAUUAUUCGCAACCGAGCAGCUGGAAACUCUUUAGAGUUGACGGUAAACUUUGAUGCGCAGAUAAUUGCCCUUUUCAAGGAAGUACGGAACUUGAUUUGGCUAAGCUUCCAAGUCCCUCAUGCGGUCAGCAGCAUAUCAAAGGAAGCCAAACGUGUGUAUCCAUAUGCUAUCAGCCUCAUGGAAACGGUUCGCACACUCCUUCAGACAACUCGUACCAUCUCUUCGAUGACCGAAGUUGCAAUUCUUUUGAGUGGCUAUCAAAACGAUGCCCAAGCUAUGAUUGUCAAAGGUAUUCCCUUACGAUGGGAGUCUUUCGUCCACUCCUACGAACUUCAUGUUAAGCAGUCAACCUUGGAAAACGGCGCAUUGGAUCCCUCAGUUGCUGGUAGGGGAGAGAGUAAGCAUGUUCAGUUUGUUCGCGAAUUUGCUGUUUCUGCUUCAGUCCUUCAAUCAAAAACCUCGACCUUGUCUUCAAUCAACGAAAACAUCCAGAAGGCCAUAUUGGAACUCAAGACGUGUCCCUAUGAUUCGACAGUGUUCCGCCAGCGGCUAGAUUCCAUACAAAUUUCCGUCGACAAGCUUAAUCUCGAGAAUUAUGUCAACCUCGGCUAUUGGGUGUCGAAUCUAAAUUUGAAAAUCGAGUCCAUAUUACGCGAACGACUCCACCGAGCAAUAAGGGUUUGGAUUACUUCGUUUCAACAAUCCAAAAAUGAGCAAUACUCUAAACGGGUGUCGUUCCAGGAAACCGGCGAUCGAACAAUCACUGAUGCUCCCGAAGUUGAUAUUUACCGCAUCGAAUUCCCUCAACUUGUCCAUGAAGUUUCUAUGAGGAACCAGGUCUUGCAUCUUGACCCACCGCUGCAGUACGCACGUGCCAGCUGGUUCUCACACCUUGGACAGUGGCUUGGCGUAAUUUGCAAUCUCGAGAAGAUCAAGUCGUCUCGUUACCAGAUCUCUUUCGACGUGGAGAAGACUCAGCUCUCUGAUACUUCAUUUGUCGGUCUUCCUCAACACUGUUCUGAAGAAUUGGCAGAAGUCUACGGAGCUGUGGAAGCUCGUCUUCUCGAGCUUUCUGGCUAUGUCGACAAAUGGCUACAAUUCCAGUCCCUCUGGGACUUGCAAGCCGACCAGGUUUACGACAUUCUUGGUGAUGAUCUUUCACAAUGGCUUCAACUUCUUCAAGAAAUUCGCAAAAGCCGAGCGACCUUCGAUACCUCAGAAGUUAGCCGAUCUUUUGGUAACAUUACCAUCGACUACGAGCAAGUGCAAACUAGAGUCAACGCCAAGUAUGAUCAAUGGCAGCACGAGAUUCUCCAGAAAUUUGGCUCUAAACUCGGCAGUCGCAUGAGAGAAGUGCACUCCGAGAUUGCUACCGCUCGUAGAGACUUGGAAGGUCAGACCUUGGAGGCUUCGUCUACUGCGCACGCUGUGUCCUUUAUCACAAUCGUUCAGCAAUGCAAGCGGAAAGCUAGAGUCUGGGAGCCGCAGGUUGAUCUUUUCCGACAAGGCCAAACAACCUUGGCACGCCAACGAUAUCAGUUCCCGACCGAUUGGCUGCACGUAGAAAAUGUUGAUGGCGAAUGGACAGCUUUGAAUGAACUUCUUAGUAGAAAAGGAAAAAUCGUUCAGGAUCAGACUGAGGCUUUGCGAGCCAAGAUUACAGCGGAAGAUAAGGUCAUCGGUGACAAGAUCAAGGACAUUAUUGUCCAAUGGAACGAUGAGAAACCUGUUUCAGGCACUAUUCCUCCAGAGGAAGCUUCCCAAACAUUGAGUUCAUUUCAAUCUCGACUCGAAGGCCUUCAGUCAGAAUUCGAGAUGGUCUCCAAAGCUAAAGAAGCACUGGACCUUCCCUCCAGCACCGAGUCAUCAUUGCCUGCCAUUUUGGAAGAAGUCCAAGACUUCAUGUCUGUCUGGGCUGCAUUGUCAACAAUCUGGAAGAGUCUGAAUGAUCUUCGAGAGAUGCUUUGGACUAGCAUUCAGCCGAGAAAGCUUCGGCAAUCUAUUGAUAACCUUAUCAAAAUGACCAAAGAAAUGCCCAGUCGUAUGCGCCAAUACGCCGCAUUUGAACACAUUCAGAAUGUUCUGCGCCAGCUUCUGAAGAUCAACCCUCUGCUAUCAGAUUUGAAAUCUGAAGCAAUGAAAGAAAGGCAUUGGCAGAAAAUCUUCAAGGCUCUCAAGCCAGGGAAGCGGUUCUCGCAGGUCUCUCUAACUCUUGGAGAUGUGUGGGACUUGCAGCCUGCUGCUAGCGAGACGGUUCUGCGCGACAUCAUUGCACAAGCCCAGGGAGAGAUGGCUCUGGAGGAGUUCUUGAAAAUGGUUCGCGAGACGUGGCAGAACUAUUCCCUCGAUCUUGUUAACUACCAAAACAAAUGUCGUUUGAUUCGAGGCUUUGAUGACCUCUUCGCAAAAUGUAGUGAAAACUUGAACUCGCUCCAGGCGAUGAGACACUCGCCAUAUUUCAAAGAAUUCGAGGAGGAAGCUACAUCUUGGGAAGACAAACUCAAUAGAGUUCACGUUCUAUUCGAUGUGUGGAUUGACGUUCAACGUCAAUGGGUGUAUCUCGAAGGUGUUUUCACAGGUAACGCGGAUAUCAAGCACCUCCUCCCCUUGGAGUCGGCACGCUUCCAAAAUAUCAAUUCCGAAUUUUUUGCGGUGAUGAAAAAAGUUUACAAAUCGCCAUUUAUUCUUGAUGUGCUUGCUAUCACUGGUGUUCAGAAAUCUUUAGAGAGAUUGGCAGAGCUACUCAACAAGAUCCAAAAAGCUCUCGGUGAAUACCUUGAACGAGAGCGUGUUUCAUUCCCUCGUUUCUAUUUCGUCGGUGAUGAAGACCUCCUUGAGAUUAUCGGAAAUAGCAAUGACACGCUUCGAGUCGCUAAGCACUUCAAGAAAAUGUUUGCUGGAUUGUCUGGUCUUCUUAUGGACGAUGAUAACAACAUUGUUGGCUUCAUAUCGAAAGAAGGAGAGGAGGUCCGAUUGAAGCGUGAAGUGAACCUUAUCAAGACGCCACGAAUUAAUGACUGGCUCACGGCUUUGGAUACAAACAUGAAAAUGACACUUGCGGAGCUACUAGCAGAGGCUGUCGAGCAGUUCGAGACCAUCUACAUUACCACGGAGGUGGACCAGACAGCCUUUAGUGAUUACCUUGCAAACUACCCUGCACAGAUUGUCGUGCUUGCAAGUCAAGUCGUCUGGACAAAUGCUGUUCACAAGUCUCUCGAGAAUGGCGGUAGCGAGCUGCCCACUUUGUAUGAUGCUGAAGUACGCAUUCUCGAGUUGCUGGCGGCGACUGUCUUGGGUGACCUAGACCCAAUCGCCCGAAAGAAGUGCGAACACAUGAUUACCGAAUUCGUCCACCAGCGUGAUACCAUCGCAAAACUAAUACAGCUCAAUGCGUCGACACCAACCCAUUACAUGUGGCUUCUGCAGAUGCGCUACGUAUACAAGAACGAAGGCGACUUCCUACAACGGCUGUAUGUGCACAUGGCCAAUGCCAAAUUAGACUACGGCUUUGAAUACUUGGGUGUUCCUGAACGACUUGUUCGCACGCCUCUAACCGACCGUUGCUUCCUCACUUUGACACAGGCUCUCUGCCAAAAACUGGGAGGUUCGCCAUACGGGCCUGCUGGUACAGGUAAAACUGAGUCGGUUAAAGCAUUGGGUCUACAGCUUGGCCGUUUCACUUUGGUAUUCUGCUGUGACGAUACUUUCGACUUUCAAGCCAUGGGCCGUAUCUUCUUAGGUAUCUGUCAAGUCGGUGCCUGGGGAUGUUUCGACGAGUUCAAUCGUUUGGAGGAACGCAUUCUCUCUGCUGUCUCACAACAAAUCCAGAACAUUCAGAUUGGUCUGCGAAAGGGCAGCGAAGACAAUUCGACUCAAAUCGAAUUGGUUGGCCGCCGCCUUCGAGUCAACCAAAACACCGGAAUCUUCAUCACCAUGAAUCCUGGCUAUGCCGGACGUUCGAACUUGCCUGACAAUUUGAAAAAGCUGUUCCGAAGUGUAGCAAUGUCGAAACCAGACAAGGAACUCAUUGCAGAAGUCAUGCUCUUCUCUCAAGGUUUCAAACAAGCGAAACCUCUUUCCAAGCAGACGGUCCCAUUCUUCGACCACUGCGCAAGCAAGUUGACAAAGCAGGCUCACUAUGACUUUGGACUUCGUGCCUUGAAGAGUGUUCUUGUUAGUUCCGGAGGUUUGAAACGUACUCGCUUAGCAAAUUCAGAUGGAAAUCUCGGCCCAGACGAAAUCGUUGAACCUCAAAUCAUCGUUCAAAGUCUGCGUGAAACUAUUGCACCCAAGCUUAUCCGGGAAGAUGUGGAAACCAUGCUCGACAUUCAAAUGGAAGAUUUCCCCGGUGUUGAAUAUGUGCCUGCUAAUUACGAGCAGCUCACGCAAGCUAUCCGUGACAUCGCCAACGAAAACCAUUAUGACGCCACUGAUACUUGGAUCACCAAGACGCUCCAACUCUACCAAAUUCAAAGUAUCCACCACGGUGUCAUGAUGGUUGGACGCUCCGGUGCCGGUAAAUCAGCAUCGUGGAAGGUUCUCUUACAAGCCCUGCAACGUGUCGAGGGUGUUGAUGGCGUCUGCCAUGUGAUCGAUUCUAAAGUUAUGUCCAAGGAAGCCUUAUACGGUAAUCUCGAUAGCACAACAAGAGAAUGGACCGAUGGGUUGUUCACUGGUAUCUUGAGAAAGGUUGUAGACAACCUCCGUGGAGAAGACUCCAAACGCCACUGGAUCGUGUUUGAUGGUGAUGUUGACCCCGAGUGGGUUGAAAAUCUUAACAGUGUCCUCGACGAUAACAAGCUAUUGACUUUGCCCAACGGUGAGCGCCUCAACCUGCCAUCAAACGUCCGCAUCAUGUUUGAAGUCGAAACUCUUAAGUAUGCAACAUUGGCUACAGUCAGUCGUUGUGGUAUGGUGUGGUUCAGCGACGACACAGUAACGCCAGCCAUGAUGGUCACAAACUAUAUUGAGUCUUUGAGAACGAAGACAUUUGACGACUUGGACGAUGACACUGUACCUGCAGGCCAGGCAUCGGCCAAGACCCAGGCUGUUCAGGAAAUGGUGUCGGAUCUUCUCAAGCAAUUCACGCAGAGCGAUGAGCUCAUUUAUAAAGCCCUUGAACAAGCUCGGGCAUACAACCACAUCAUGGAAUACACCGAUAUUCGUGCAUUGAACAGCCUUUUCAGCUUGCUCAAUAAAGCAUGCCGCAACGUGCUCGAAUACAAUAUCCAGCACAUCGACUUUCCAUUGGAGCCAGAUCAAGUGGAGUCAUACAUUUCUAAGAAGCUGCUUCUUGCACUCGUUUGGUCGCUUACUGGUGACUGUCCAUUGACCGAUCGAAAACGUUUUGGAGAGUACCUUACCGCAUUCUCUACCAUCGAUCCUCCUCCACUGAGCGAAUCUUCAGCUCUCAUUGACUAUGAUGUGUCUCUGCCUAAGGCAGACUGGAUAACGUGGCAAUCGCAAGUGCCGUCGGUCGAGAUCAACACGCAUUCCAUCACCCAAACCGAUGUCAUUAUCCCGACAUUAGAUACUGUCCGCCACGAAGAUGUUCUUUACUCAUGGCUGGCCGAGCACAAACCUCUCUUGCUAUGUGGUCCUCCUGGAUCCGGUAAGACUAUGACGUUGUUCUCCGCACUUCGCAAACUGCCAAACAUGGAAGUCGUUGGCCUCAACUUCUCCAGCGCUACCACCCCUGAUCUUCUUAUCAAGACAUUUGAGCAGUAUUGUGAAUAUCGCAAGACAUUGAAUGGUGUCAUCAUGUCUCCGAACCAAAUUGGGCGUUGGCUUGUCAUCUUCUGCGAUGAAAUCAACUUGCCGGCCCCAGAUCGCUAUGGCACUCAACGUGCAAUCUCGUUCCUGAGACAGUUGGUAGAACAAAAUGGAUUCUGGCGCACGGCCGACAAGACAUGGGUCACUCUCGAUCGAAUCCAAUUUGUUGGAGCUUGUAACCCGCCUACUGAUGCUGGACGUACCCCUAUGGGCGAGCGUUUCUUGCGCCACGCGCCAUUGAUGAUGGUCGACUACCCUGGCGAGCUUUCGUUGAACCAAAUCUACGGAACCUUCAAUUCUGCUAUCCUCAAGAUCGUUCCUACAUUGCGUGGCUACUCAGAUGCGUUGACGAAGGCAAUGGUUCAGUUAUACUUGGAAUCACAAUCAAGAUUCACACCGAAAAUCCAACCACAUUACGUCUAUUCCCCGCGUGAACUAACCAGAUGGGUACGUGGUGUUUAUGAGGCCAUUAAACCUUUGGAGAGUCUUUCAGUCGAGGGUCUUGUCCGAAUUUGGGCCCAUGAAGCUCUUCGUCUCUUCCAAGAUCGUCUUGUCGAUGAAGACGAACGUAAAUGGACGGAUGAUUCUGUGCGACGAAUCGCCUUGGAGCAUUUCCCAACGAUUGAUGAAGAACAAGCACUGAAGGGCCCGAUCCUCUUCUCUAACUGGUUGUCAAAGAACUACGUGCCAGUAGAACAAGAACAACUGAGGGAUUUCGUCAAGGCCCGACUGAAGACUUUCUGUGAAGAAGAAGUUGACGUUCCAUUGGUCCUCUUCAAUGAUGUUUUGGAACACGCAUUGCGUAUUGAUCGUGUUUUCAGACAACCGCAAGGACAUCUUAUUCUCAUUGGUGUAAGUGGAAGUGGAAAGACGACGCUUUCUCGAUUCGUUGCAUGGAUGAAUGGGUUGAAGAUUUUCCAAAUUAAGGUUCAUGGGAAGUACUCAUCUGAAGAUUUCGAUGAGGAUCUGCGAAAUGUUUUGCGACGAGCUGGAUGCAAGGGAGAAAAGAUUUGCUUUAUCAUGGACGAAUCGAACGUGCUUGACUCUGGAUUCCUCGAGCGAAUGAACACGCUGCUUGCAAACGCAGAAGUUCCAGGAUUGUUUGAAGGAGACGAGUUCGCUUCUUUGAUGACCGCUUGUAAAGAGGGCGCUCAACGACAAGGAUUAAUUCUUGAUUCUCAAGAAGAACUUUACAGAUGGUUCACACAACAAAUUGUGAAGAAUCUCCAUGUUGUGUUUACAAUGAACCCUCCGGAGGAUGGCCUGUCAUCCAGGGCUGCGACUAGUCCUGCCUUGUUCAAUCGUUGCGUCCUCAACUGGUUCGGUGAUUGGUCCGAUCAGGCUCUGUUCCAAGUUGGUUCUGAGCUCACACAAUCCGUGGACCUCGACAAGCCGAAUUUCACUGCUCCCGAUAGCAUUCCAGUGGCGUAUCGUGACCUCAAUCUUCCCGCUUCUUACCGUGAAGCUAUUGUCAACUCGAUGGUUUACAUCCAUUACUCAUUGCAGAAAUUCAACCAACGCCUCCAGAAACAGCAAGGCAGAACGACAUAUUUGACUCCUCGCCAUUAUCUCGACUUUGUUGCGCAAUACGUGAAACUCUUCAAUGAAAAACGUGAAGACCUCGAAGAACAACAACGCCAUUUGAAUGUUGGUCUGGAGAAGCUUAGAGACACUGUGGACAAGGUCCGAGAUCUUCGUGUUAGUCUUGCUGAGAAGAAAACACAGCUGGAAAAGAAGGACGCAGAAGCCAACGAGAAACUCCAACGAAUGGUUGCAGACCAGCGAGAAGCCGAACAGAGGAAAUCGGCUUCUCUCGAAAUCCAGGCUGCUCUCGAGAAGCAGGAACAGGAAGUUGCCAAGCGAAAGGAUGUCGUUUUGCAUGACUUGGCAAGAGCAGAGCCUGCAGUCUUGGAAGCUCAAAAGAGUGUCAGCAACAUUAAGCGUCAGCACCUUACCGAAGUUCGUUCUAUGGGUAAUCCUCCUGCAAGUGUGCGGUUGGCUCUGGAAGCCGUUUGUACAUUGCUUGGCCACAAGGUGGACAGCUGGAAAACCAUUCAAGGUCUUAUUCGACGAGACGAUUUUAUUGCAAGCAUUGUGAACUACGACAACGAAAGGCAAAUGACUCGUAGCCACAGAGUGAAGAUGAAGAAUGAGUUCUUAUCCAAGGACGACUUCACCUAUGAGAGAGUGAAUCACGCCAGUAAAGCAUGUGGUCCUCUUGUUCAAUGGGUUGAAGCGCAAGUGAAUUACUCGGAAAUUUUGGACCGUGUAGGCCCGCUCCGUGAAGAGGUCGACCAGCUUGAGGAACAGGCGCUUCAAACAAAAGCAGAAGCACAGGCCAUCGAAAACACCAUCCAGGGUCUGGAAAGCAGUAUUGCUACUUACAAGACCGAAUAUGCCGCGCUCAUCAGCGAAACGCAAGCCAUCAAAACUGAGAUGGGUCGUGUGCAAUUCAAGGUUGAUCGCAGUGUACGACUACUGGACAGCUUGGCUUCAGAACGAGAGCGUUGGGAAGAAGGAAGCAAGUCUUUCGAGACUCAAAUCAGUACACUUGUUGGGGAUGUCCUCAUUGCCGCGGCUUUCCUUGCAUACGCCGGUCUCUAUGACCAACAGUUACGCAAAGCGAUGAUUGACGACUGGGUGAAUCAACUCGCACAGUCAGGUAUUACUUUCAAACCUCACAACCCGAUCACAGAGUAUCUCUCGAAUGCGGAUGAACGUUUGGCAUGGCAAAGCAACUCUCUGCCGGUCGACGACUUGUGUACCGAAAACGCGAUUGUUCUGAAACGGUUCAAUCGUUAUCCUCUCAUUAUCGACCCCUCAGGCCGCAUUACAGAAUUCCUUCAAAAGGAGAGCAAGGAGAGGAAGCUUACUGUGACUAGCUUCUUGGAUGACUCCUUUGUCAAACAGUUGGAAAGUGCGUUGCGUUUUGGUAACCCUAUUCUCAUCCAAGAUGCAGAGCACCUGGAUCCUAUUCUCAACCACGUCCUGAAUAAGGAAUACCAGAAGACUGGAGGCCGUGUUUUGAUCCAGCUAGGCAAGCAAGAAAUCGAUUUCUCGCCUUCCUUCAAACUGUUCUUGUCUACAAGAGAUCCCUCGGCCACCUUCCCGCCAGACAUUUGCAGUAGGACGACAUUUGUCAAUUUCACAGUGACCCAGAGCAGUUUGCAGACCCAAUCACUCAACGAGGUCCUGAAAGUGGAACGUCCUGAUGUUGAUGAACGUCGUACAAACCUCAUCAAACUUCAAGGAGAGUUCAAGAUUCACCUGCGUCAACUGGAGAAACGACUUCUCCAGGCCUUGAACGAAUCACGCGGUAAUAUUUUGGACGAUGAUAAUGUCAUAGAGACACUGGAGACGCUUAAGAAGGAGGCAGCUGAGAUUACGAAGAAGAUGUCAGAGACGGAGGGAGUGAUGAGUGAAGUCGAUAGCAUCACCCUCGAGUAUAACAUCAUUGCUCGAGCAUGCAGUGCCGUCUUUGCGGUUCUGGAACAGCUUCACCACAUCAACCAUUUCUAUCAAUUCUCGCUACAGUACUUUGUGGACAUUUUCAAUUCGGUUUUGCAUGGAAACAAAAAGCUUGCACAGGAAAAGAAUCAUGCGGCACGAGUUGACAUUAUCAUGAGGGAUCUUUUCAUCACAACUUAUCAGCGCACGUCAUUGGGUAUGCUCCAGAAGGAUCGCAUCACACUGGCGAUGCUCCUGGCCCAGGCUGCUCCAUACUCAAUGGACAAGAGCAUUAUCGAUAUCAUCCUCGACGAAAGUAUCGAGGGGGUUGAUCUGUCUAGCGAUACCGAAGCAAAAGAUCAAGUGAUAACAAGAUUGUCCAAUAUGUCGCUGUUCAAGUCACACGUUGCUAAUAUCUCCGAAGAGGCUUGGAAUGCCUUCUUUACUGAAGAAUUGGCAGAGAACUUUGUGCCGCCCCUGUGGGAAGAAAGCGUUGAAUCGAUCAACCAGGAACUCCGAUCCCUUCUUCUCGUCAAGCUUUGUCGUUUGGAUCGGUUUGUUCCGGUUGCCGAACGUUUUGUGGCAGCUGUCUUCGGCCGUGAGCUAUACGAAGGUAGCAGCGAUCUCAAGCAUGUAGUUGAACAAGUUACUGCCACGGCACCGGUGGCACUUAGCUCCAGUCCCGGAUUUGACGCGAGUUACAAGGUCGAUGGACUAGUCGAACGGAUGCACGCCACUUGUGCCAAUAUUGCUAUGGGGUCAAACGAAGGUGUCGAAAGUGCAGACAAGGCAAUCAGCAACGCAGCUGCAGCAGGGACAUGGGUUUUGGUGAAGAAUGUUCACCUCGCCCCUGCUUGGUUGCAGAGUUUGGAAAAACGGUUGGAUUCGUUGAAACCGCAUAAGGAAUUCCGACUCUUCCUAUCCAUGGAAACCAGCCCUAAAAUCCCCGUCAACCUUCUUCGCGCGUCUCGGGUGCUCAUGUUCGAACAGCCGGCCGGAGUCCGAGCAAACAUGAAGGACUCGCUAUCCUCGUUGUCACUACGUGCCAGCAAACCGCCGGUCGAGAAGGCUCGUGUGUACCUGCUACUUUCGUUCCUGCACGCUGUUAUUCAAGAACGACUUCGCUACGCGACUAACUUGGGGUGGAAGGGCUUUUGGGAGUUUAAUGAUAGUGAUUAUGAAUGCUCCGCGUUUAUCAUUGAUGCCUGGAUCGAUUCUGUGGCUCAGGGACGAUCCAAUGUUGCCCCCCAAAAGCUGCCAUGGGACAUGAUUUGCACUCUUGUUACGGAGACUUAUGGUGGUAAAAUCGAUGACAGCGGUGAUUUCCAACAGCUGGAGUCGCUUGUCAGAAAGUUCCUGACCCCGGCUGCGUUCGAGGACGAACACAAGCUCGUUUCUGGGGUCGAGGAUGACGACUGCCUGGCUCUACCUGGCACGACCAGCAUGCGAGAUUUCACUGAGUGGGUUAAUCGUCUACCAGAGCGCGAGCCCCCAACAUACUUGGGACUGCCAGCCAAUGCAGAGAAGCUGCUCUUGGUCGGACACGGCAAAGCCAUGAUCUCGGACUUGUCACGUGUGACAACUCUCCUGGACGAAGGCGAACAGUUGAUGGUGGAGUCAUGA